AUGCAGGUUUCCAUUAUCGCCGUCCUUGCCACCGCCGCCAGCCUCGCUGCCGCCCUGCCCACCAACACCGCUAGCCCCACCUGCGGUCUGCCUGGCAACUUGCACAAGACCAAAGUUAAGGCCGGCCAGACCCUGACCGCCAUCGCUGAGCGCUUCCACUCCGGCAUCUGCGACAUCGUCUCGCUGAACAAGCUCGAGAACCCUAACGUCAUUUUCCCCGGCCAGGAGCUCUUGGUCCCUGUCGACGUCUGCAACCCCGACAACACCUCUUGCAUCACGCCCGUCGGCGAGGCUACUUGCGUCAAGGACGGCCCAGCCACCUACGUGAUCGCCAGCGGUGACACCUUCUUCACGAUCGCCCAGAAGCUCGGAAUCACCACUGACUCCCUCACCGGCGCCAACCCCGGCGUUGCCCCCCAGAGCCUCAAGGCCGGUCAGGUUAUCAACGUUCCUGUGUGCAAAUAA